AUGGAACCAACGGCCAGUACAGCUGCUUCUGACCACAAAAUAAGCAGUGUGAACGCUCUUCGACAUCUGUUUCAGUAUGGCCCAGUCCCACCAUGGAGAAGUGAGUUCACAGAAUCAGAGGCGGCCAUUUGGCUUAUUGGAACCACACAUAUAUCCAAGCAAUCAGCUUCUGAUCUUCUAAGGGUUAUCCGUGCUUUGAGGCCCGACAAUGUUGUUGUGGAGCUCUGCAGAAGCAGAGCUGGGAUCAUGUACACUUCUAACAAUGGUGAGCUCAAUCAGCAGUUGAGGUCAAACAUGUUUUCCUUGAGUGGUUCUGGGUUGGGGUGGUUGGCCGCAGUAUUAACUUGGGUCUGUGUUUAUGCCUUGCUCUUCUGUUCCUGUACAGCUUUUUUUAGAAGAUUUAAGUUAUACUUCUCCCACAUAACAGGGGGUCAAAUUGCUUUAGCAUUACCCCUACUGUUCGCAGCAUUCUCUUCAAAAAUGUCUUCAGAUAUUGAUCGUCCUUUUGGUGAUGAGGUAGAUGAUUUUCAUGCUGCUAGAAAGGCUUCUGAAGAAAUUGGUGCUCAACUAGUAUUGGGGGAUCGACAGAUAGAAAUAACUGAAUCUAGUACUGGUGAUGACAACUUCCAGCCCUACGAGCAGCUAAGCUCUUCACAUCCAUCAUUGUUGCCACCUCUCGUAUAUGAAUUGAUACAGUAA